AUGGACCGACUUUGGCUGUACGCUGUUAUCGGGACUGCCCUCUGGCUCAUCCAGAAAAUAUACAAACUCUCCACCUCACCCCUUCGGCAAAUCCCAGGGCCUAUCGUUACAAAAUUCACUCGCAUUCCUCUGAAACUGUCGAUUCUAAGCGGUACACGAAUUUACUAUAUCCAUUCUCUCCACCAGAAAUACGGCCCUAUUGUGCGCAUCAGCCCCGAUGAAGUCUCCAUCUCCUCACUCCGCGACUUCAAAGAAAUUCACCGUGUCGGGUCCCCCUUUCUGAAGAGUCCGUGGUAUAAGAAAUUCGUCAUGGGUCGUCCGCCGGGGAUGUUCGAUAUGCCUGGUGGGCGGGAGCAUGCAGAGAGGAGGAAACUAUUUGCCAGGGCUUUCUCGAAGACUGAGUUGCGGAGAGUGUGGGAGGGCGUUGUUAGAGACAAGGUUAGAAUGGCUGUGGGACAGAUGAAGAAUGAAUUGGAUGCUACCAAUUCCGAAAAGAGGUGCGAUGUGUUGAAGUGGUGGACGUUCCUGGCGACGGAUGUUUCUGGGCAUUUGAUGUUUGGGGAGGAUUUUGGGAUGUUGCAACUGGGCGUUAAGAACGAGUACAUCCACGUCCUGGAAUCAACGAUGAUGGGCUCUGGCAUCAAUUCCGAGCUACCCCUUGUCGGGUUCAUCGGACGACAUCUUCCCAUCCCCUCGAUCAGAUCGAUGUUCAGGGCAUCUGACUAUAUGACCAUAUACGGCCGGCGCGCAAUUAUCAAUGCGCGGACGAGUAGCGAGUCGAGCAGGAAUAUCUUCUCAGGGAUGAUCCACGAGUCAGAAAAAGGCAGCGACAGUCUAACAGACGAGGACGUCGUCACUGAAGCAGGGAACCUGAUUGUUGCAGGGUCUGAUACGACGGGAAUCACCUUGACGUACCUCGUCUGGGCUGUCUUGAGCCAGCCCCAGCUGCAGCGGGAGUUGGAAAGGGAGGUACAAGAUCUAGAGGCGGACUAUGAUGAUGCAACGCUCGAAAACCUGCCAUUGCUGAAUGCCGUGAUAAAGGAAACGCUACGUCUGUACGGCGCCGCACCAGGAUCACUUCCUCGCUGUGUCCCUGAAGGAGGCGCGACACUGGGUGGGCAGUUCAUUCCAGAAGGUGUAACAGUGAGCACACAGAGCUGGACCAUCCACCGGGACGAGAAUAUCUUUCCGAAUCCCGACGCAUUUGAUGCAUCGCGAUGGUUGAAGACUGAGAAUACAAGUGGGCAGUCACUGUCCCAGAUGGCGUUCUCGCCGUUUGGCGCAGGGGCCAGGACAUGCUUAGGUAUACACCUGGCGUAUAUGGAACUGAGGCUAGCUGCAGCGGAAUUCUUUAGGGAGUGUCGCGGGGUGAAACUCGGGGAGGGUGUAACGUGGGAGACUAUGAAACCGGAGAAUUACUUUUUGAUUGCGCCUUCUGGACAUCGCUGUGAGAUCGUGAGGGGAUAG